AUGCUCUAUGUGCUCUCUACCUUCACUCUCAUCUCACGUGAUUGCUAUAGUCUUCUACGCCAUUCACUUCAUAUUUUCCUUUUACCUUCAUCCUUUGCACUUGCUAUCAGGACUGUGAGGUCACAAGUGACGCAACAUGUUGGCGCUGUCAGUGCCCAUAGUGACGCUGGCUUGAUUUUUGAACUUCGAAUCAAGAAAGACUUCGACCUGGAAGCUUCCACGACAGACAAUUUCUUUCCUCUCCUCUCCGUUUACGACGCCGCGCCGCUACGCUGCAAAUACCCUCCAACCGACAACUAUCGACUCAAUACAACUACCACGACGAUCCUCAAACCUUCACUUGCCAUGGGCGGUUAUGAAUGCCGAACGGGCGAAUUUGUGAAGCUCGAGAAGGACAAUCUGCCACAACUUGCCGGCCAAAAGAACACAUGCAAAGACACUACGAAGCUCCUCAGGCCUGCACGGAGAGCCCCAAGAGCAGACAAUGCCUGGAACACGAAAGAAUCUGAAUCGAUACAACUGAUGAAAUCGGCAGAUAGAUCAGAUAUGUACCCGAUCUGGACGUUGGCAAGGGCGACCACGACAAUGAGGCACAAUACGAAGGCCAUAAUUGAUACUCACGAGCGACCUACAAAGGACGGGAAUAUCAAGAAGUAA